UUGUUCUAUUCCAUCACGUCUCAUACAAGAUUUUAUGCAUCAAAUUAGUAUAAAAGGCUUGUAAGGAUCCAUUUUCUAUACAUACAAAUAUCAUUUUCAAUACAUACAAAAAUGGCAGAAUCUUCAUCAACCAAAAGCAGUCUUAGGUUAGCCGGGAAAGUAACCAUCGUCACCGGAGGUGCCAGCGGUAUCGGCAAAGAGACGGCGCAUCUCUUUGCCAAACAAGGUGCACGUAUAGUGGUGAUUGCUGAUAUUCAAGACAAAUUGGGAGUUCAAGUGGCUGAAUCCAUUGGCACCGAUAAGUGCAGAUUUGUUCAUUGUGAUAUUAGAAUUGAAGAUGAUGUCAAAAAUCUCGUUCAAUCAACUGUUGAUUCUUAUGGACAAAUAGAUAUUAUACACUGCAAUGCUGGGAUUGUGAGUCCAAGUGAUCAAACCUUGUUGGAACUCGACGUUACUCAAGCUAACGGCGUGUUUGCGACUAAUGCUAUAGGAACGGCAUUGUGUGUAAAAUAUGCCGCCCGAGCGAUGGUGGCAGGUAAGGUGAGGGGGAGCAUUGUCUGCACGGCGAGCAUUUCUGCUAGCUACGGUGUCACGACAGGGACAGAUUACUCGAUGUCAAAGCAUGCGGUAUUAGGGUUAAUGCGCUCAGCGAGUGUCCAACUUGCAAAAUAUGGUAUAAGAGUGAACUCAGUGUCGCCAAAUGGAUUAGCAACACCAUUAACCGAGAAAUUGCUAGAUGCGGAUGCAAAGACAGUGGAAGAGAUAUUUUCAAAAUUCUCGAUGUUGAAAGGAGUGGUUCUAAGGACGAAUCAUGUGGCAGAUGCUGUGUUGUUUUUGGCAUCUAAUGAUUCUGAUUUUGUCACUGGUCUUGAUCUUCGUGUGGAUGGUAACUAUAUUACUAGUGACGCUGUAAUUUAAGGGAUAAAGCAUCACACUUCUAGUUGCAGCAUUAUAUGCAUAAUGCUGCACAUCAUCCAUAUUAUGAAAUAAAUGCAAUAAAAGAAAUAUAAUAAAUGCAAAAAAAAGUGGUAUAAUUUUAAUAUUUUAAUAUGAUAUAUUAUGUAACUUGUAUUCUCUCUAUAGAAUGUGUGAUCCAUACUUGAUUGAUUGUAUCAUUUUCUUGUAUUUCAAUUUGAAGAAUUUAAAUUUGAAAAAAUAUUAUUAUUGGAUGUA